GCGAGUGUUCGAACAAGCGGCGAUCUCCUCGUUCAGACGCCAUUACGCUCGCAACGCUCGCACGGGACUCAAUGCCCGUUUAUUGCGACGUUAAUUAAAUACGCGUUAAAACACGCAUCGUGUUGUUGAGUGAACGUUUAUUAACCAAAAUAAGUGUAUUGCAGUGAAACGAAAUCAUUGAGCUAUUAACAGAAACAAAAAACAGCUUUUCAGGUACGAAAAAAGAAAAUGGAUGGAAAAAAAGGUAUGGUAGGGACAAGGGUCUAUGUCGGUGGGCUUCCAUACGGCACCAGGGAAAGAGACCUUGAGAGAUUUUUCAAAAACUUCGGUCGUUGUCGUGAUGUCCUCAUCAAGAAUGGCUAUGGCUUUGUUGAAUUUGACGACUACAGGGACGCUGAUGACGCGGUUUACGAGCUCAAUGGGAAGGAACUUUUGGGCGAGAGAAUUACUGUAGAGAGGGCCCGGGGGACACCUAGGGGUAGUGACCAGUGGCGCUAUGGUGACUCCCGUGGUGGUUUUGGUGGUGACUCGAGGCGACCUGCUCGGGACGAUAUGCGACACGACAGAGAUAGUGUGAACAGAAACACGAGGACUGCAUCUAGCUACAAGCAAUCAUUGCCCAGAUACGGACCACCGACUCGCACCGAGUAUCGUCUCACAGUGGAAAAUCUCUCGAGCCGCGUCAGCUGGCAGGAUUUGAAGGAUUACAUGAGACAAGCCGGCGAAGUAACUUACGCAGACGCACAUAAACAACGUAGAAACGAAGGGGUUGUGGAAUUUGCCACUUACUCCGAUCUGAAGAACGCAAUUGACAAAUUGGAUGACACCGAGUUGAACGGUCGUCGAAUUCGCUUGGUCGAGGACAAGAGACGAGGACGUCGUUCCCGUUCCUCAAGCUCGAGAUCUCGUUCAAGGUCCAGAUCUCGAUCCCGUCGUCGUUCUCGUUCUCGUUCAAGGAGCCGGCGCAGCUCUCGUAGCCGUAGUCGUCGCAGCAGCCGUUCGAAGUCAAGGGCACCCACGAUAUCCAAAUCAAAGUCCAAAUCCAAGUCUCCUGAGCGUGGUCGCUCUCGUUCCAAGUCCAAAUCCAGGGACCGCUCUAAGUCAAAGUCCAAAUCCAGAUCCCGCUCCAGGUCCAAGGCUGAGAGAUCCAAAUCAAGAUCGCAGUCAAAGUCCAAAGCCAAGUCUCCAUCGAACAGUGGGUAUUCCAGGGACAGGUCGAGCCGCGAGCGCUCGCGGGGCGACAGAUCGAGAUCUCGUUCAAACAGCAAACACAGCAAGAGUCGCAGUCGCUCCCGUUCCCCGAUGAACGGAGACAAAUCACCGGACAUGAAAAUGAAGGACGACUGAGAUCCGCCGAAGAAAAAUGAAAAAAGAAAACGAAAAUCCAACAAAAAAAAGAACAGCAAGAAACAAAACCUGAAGAGAGACGCGUCGAUUUGAUUAAAUGAGCGACAAAUACAACAAAAAUGAAAGAAAAACCAAUAAACUAAACCAGAAGAUCCAAAAGCGAAUCGUCCUGCGUCGCGUCUAUUUUUUCGUUCUCGUAAUCCAAAAACUGACGGGGCGGGGGGGGGGGGGAGUAAAUUGAAUUCGAAUAUUGUCUCCUGUUCGUGACGUCACCACUCAAAUUUGAAAGUUGAAAACCUCAGCCUCUCUAACUACGUUUGUACGGAACAUAAAUUCAUAAUUUUCCGAUUUAUAGUUUUCCUCGAGCCCUUUUUUUAGUUCGAUAAAGCGCAUUUGGCCCUUUGUUCAGCGUUUUAAGCAAAAUUUUCGAGAACAUUAUGAUAGUUGUAACGAUUAAUAAUAACGCUAGGAAUAAAUAAAUAUUCAGAUGUAAGACGCGCGCGAGUCGGAAGAAAAGGGAGAGUUGAAAAUACACGAAAAUCUUGAAAAAAUAA